AUAGCAAAGAGAUGAGAUGAAAAGAGCAAACAGAGGCAGAGAAGAAGCAGAGAAACAGAACACACACACACCCCACCUUCAAAAUCUUCAAUUUCAUAGAUAAUCGGAGGUUUCCUUCAUAAUCCAGAAUCUGGGUUUCCUGUCAUUUGAGGAUAAUUUCAACAUUUCUGGGAUUUUUUUUGGGUUUCAGGAUUAUAUGAAUUGAGGGAUGGAGAAGGAAGGCAAGAACCCGAGAGCGGCGGAAACGGAGUAUUUCUUACAGUGGGGGAGCAGAAAGAGACUCCGAUGUGUGAGAGUUAGAGGCCCUGACCCUUCUUCUUCAGACGCCACCAGGCUUCGCCGGAAAAUCUCGUCUCGCUUCCUCACCCUCUCCGCCAAAGACGCCGCUUUUCUCCCGCCACGCCACACCAGGAAUUCUGAGACGGCGGCGUUGAGAUCGGAGAACCGGAGGAGUGCGUCGAGGUCGCCGGAGAAGGAGGAACGGUGUUACCCGACGAGAGGGUCGGCGGAGGAAAAUGGGAAGGUUGCAGCGGCGGACGCCGGCGGGGGAAAUCACGCCGGAGACGACAGCAAUAGAGGAGGAGGAGGGGUGGUUUGGCCGAAGCUGUAUAUAUCGUUGUCAAGCAAGGAAAAGGAAGAGGAUUUCAUGGCCAUGAAAGGGUGUAAGCUUCCUCAAAGACCUAAGAAGAGGGCUAAAGUCAUCCAAAGAACUUUGCUUUUGGUGAGUCCGGGAGCAUGGUUAACCGACAUGUCUUUAGAGAGGUAUGAAGUCAGAGAGAAGAAGAGUACUAAGAAGUGCUGAAUUUAUUGGGGGGUGUUUGAAUGGUGCAGAGAGCCAGAGGAUUAAAGGCAAUGGGCAGCGUGGAAAGUGAUUCAGAAUGAAAGGACUAACGGAGUCAGGAUUUUCCCCAACUUUGUCUGUUAUAUAUUUUUUUCCGUUACGGAAAUGAUUGAAUUAGGGGGUAGUUAAAAGGGAUGGUAGCAGAAUUGGUUCACUUGUAAAUUUGUUCCGAUUAUGUCCGUCAGUCAAACCCAAACUGUAAUUUCAUUUUGUAUUGCGCAGCAAAUUCAUAUUAAUUUCGUGCAAUUUUUCUUC